AAGGAAACAUCGAGGGAACAAGGAAACGUUAGGCUGAUCCUCUCCGCGGUCUCUUUUUUAAACUGACGCGGGAGGACCAAUCAGAGGAGGGCAUCAUGAUCUCGCUCUCUGAGGGAAUCUCGCGAGAUUAUAAUACUCGGCUUAAAAAGUCACGGAAAGAUCAGGGGACAGCGCUGGCAGCAGGAUCAGGAUUUGGAUCGGAUUUGUGGAUUACAGCUUCAGAUAGAGCAGCUAGCUGCUAAUCAAAGUCCUUUAUCCGGACAGGAUCUGACUGUGGAACAGUUCCUGAAGUUUCUAACAUCAGAUAAAAGAAGCUGAGUGUUUUAAAGGGAGGAAGAGGAGGAAGAGGAGGAAGAGGAGCUGCAGAGGGAGACGCAGGAACACGGUUACCUUGACAACGGUGAGAGCGCGACAGUAAACGGACUCGCCUGCACAGGGAUCAGGUGUUGGCGUCAUGUCGUCUGUGGAUUCGAGCGGUGACGGAGGGAAGUGGCUGGAUGCUCACUACGACCCGGUGGCCGGCCUCUACACCUUCUCCUCCUGCGUGGACCUGGCAGACCUGAGCGGGGACGGGGAGAGCCGGCUGGUGCUGGGGGACCUGGGCUCCGGCUCGACGGGGAUGAAGCUGAAGGUGUACCGGGGCACGGCUCUGAUGAGCGAGAGCACCCUGCUGGACCUGCCGGCCGGACUCGUGGCCUUCUUCAUGGACCUGCACGAGCCCCGCAUCCCCGCCGUCGCCGUGGCGUCCGGACCCUGCAUCUACGUCUACAAAAACCUGAGACCGUACUUCAAGUUCACCCUGCCGAGUCUGGAGGUGAACACACUGGAGCAGGACGUGUGGCAGCAGGCGAGGGAGGGGCAGAUCGACCCCCUGACCCUGAAGGAGAUGUUGGAGAGCAUCAGGAAGAAGGCCGACGUGCCGCUGUCCGUCCGCUCGCUGCGUUUCCUCUCUCUGGACACCGACGACAUGGACGAGUUCGUCCUGCUGCACAAACAGCAGCCAAUCAAACGCCAGACCGUCAUCACCUGCAUCAGCACCCUGAAGAAGAGCACGGCUGAUGAAGACGGGGUCAGCUGUCUGGUUAUCGGCACAGAGUGCAGCGAAGUCUACGUCCUGGACCCUGAGGCCUUCAUCAUCCUGUCCAAGAUGUCUCUGCCCGCCGCUCCGACCAUGAUGGAUGUGACGGGUCAGUUCGAUGUGGAGUUUCGGAUCACGGUGGCGUGUCGGGACGGGAACAUCUACAUCCUGCGCAGAGAGUCGGAGAGACCCAAGUACUGCGUGGAGCUGUCGUCUCACCCCGUGGGUCUGGUCAGAGUCGGGAAGAACAUGGUGGUCGGCUGCACCGACGAGAGCCUGCAGGGCUUCACCCAGAAGGGGAAGAAGCUGUGGAAGGUGGACCUCCCCGCCCCCAUCACCACCAUGGCCUCCAUGGACCUCCCCACCAAAGGUUUCCAGGCGGUCCUGGUGGGUCUGGCGAACUGUGAGGUCCACUUGUACCGGGACAAGAACCUGCUGAGCACCAUCAAGGUUCCAGACGUGGUCAGCAGCGUCUGCUUUGGUCGGUACGGGCGUGAGGACGGGACGCUCAUCAUGACCACUAAAGGAGGAGGUCUGAUGGUGAAGAUCCUGAAGAGGACUGCAGCCUUCGAGGACAGGGACAGCGCCCCCGGUCCCCCGCUGGCCCAGAGCGUCCGCCUUAACGUGCCCAAGAAGACCAAGCUGUACGUGGACCAGACGCUCCGCGAGCGCGAGAACGGGUUAGCCAUGCACCGAGCCUUCCAGAUGGACCUGAGCCGCAUGCGCCUGGCUGCAGCCAAGGCCUACGUCAAGGCCCUGGAGUCCAGCCUGACCCCCAUGUCCUCCAGCCUCACCGAGCCCCUGAAGAUGAACGCCGUGGUGCAGGGCCUGGGCCCGUCCUUCAAACUGACCCUGAACGUGCAGAACACGGCGGCGUGCCGGCCCGUCAUGAACCUGGCCAUCAGCUUCCUGUACGACGAGGGUCUGUACCGGAUGAAGAACCCGUACAUGAGGAUCCCCCUGCUGGUGCCCGGACUCAUCUACCCCGUCGAGACCUUCGUGGAGUGCACCAGCGACAAGGGCAUCUCUGACAUCAUCAAGGUGUUCGUCCUGCACGAGGGGAGGAGCUCUCCUCUGCUGACCGCCCACAUCAACAUGCCCAUCAGCGAGGGACUGACUCUGAACUGACCGGUCUGAACAGUCCUCAUGGAGAGUCCCUGUCCUCACAGAGACUCUCUGUCCUCACGGAGAGUCUCAGUCCUCACGGAGAGUCUUAGUCCCCACGGAGAGUCCCCGUCCUCACAGAGACUCUCCAAGGUGUCCCCUGUCUGACCCCUCCCCUCUGCCUGACUCCUUCCCCUCUCUGACCCCUCCCCCUUUAUGACUCCUCCCCUCUCUGACUCCUCCCCCUCUCUGACUCCUCCCCCUCUUCCUUCCUAAAUUAACAUCCCGCUGAGUUGAAGAAGAGACUAGAGACUGAGACUCCUGAGUGUUUCCUGAGGAGGAGGAGGAGGAGGAAGAGGAGGAACAUUUAGUACAGACUGAUAUACGCUCAGAGGAGUCGCCCCCUGCUGGUGAUUACAAGUACAUAGCUCUACAUCUUAAGGUUUACGGAGGGACCCUGAAUGCAUCAUGAGGAAACAGCCACGUUUCUAUGAAAUCAACAUGAAACAAGAAUCUGAUUUAUAAACUCUUGAAACCAUGGACGUCUGAAUCUGUGAUUCUGUCUGUAGACCUGCAGAGGGCGGACUGUCAGACACUUUAAGGGUUCCUAGUUCUGCUUUUAUUUAAUGUGUGAUCUUUAUGUGUUGAUGUAAAAUAAUAAUGUAUGAAUAAACUCAGGGAUGAAACUACAGCAGGAUGUUUAGAACAUUCAGUGAUGAUAAUAAAACAUGUGGAGUUUG